GUUCGCGUUCUUUCACUGUAUCUAGAGCACUGAUUAAUACUGUGGGGUUUGCAUUGAACUACUACAGCCCAGAGAAGCCGAAUGAUGAAGACAAGACGACUAUGACUCAGUUCAUCGGCGGACUUGCUCGCCACUACCCAUGUCAAGAUUGCGCCUCACAUUUGCGGAAACACAUUAGUAAGCAUCCGCCGACUGUGGAUAGCAAUCAAGAAGUAUCUCGAUGGAUGUGUGAUACUCACAAUGAAGUAAACAAAUAUCUAGGAAAGGAUAUAUUCGAUUGCUCGAAGGUUUAUGAGAAAAUGAUGGGUAUAGUUUUUCGGACUAGUAUGUUCAGGGUGAAUACUCGCUAUAAGCUAUCACGGACUUUUAAUAAGGUAGAGGAAUCAAGCAUCGCUAUGAAAGCGUUUGAAUACAUUAGACCUUUGAGCGGUGGAGAGAUGGAUGGAAAGAUGGCUCCUGUGAUUGAGGGAAUGCUGCACAGUUUGGCCCGCACAAACGUAUCGGAAGCAUCCGUACUCUGCAGUGCUGGGCUAUCUCAAUUCAGCAUACAUCAUGGGUACUAUACCAUCAUCGUGUUUUCGAGUGGAAGUUCUGUUGAGCCUUGUGUGGCGCUGUAUUUUACCAAAUUGCACCGGGUGUUGUGA